CUGCAGUCAGCAGUGCUGCUGUAUUGUUAAGUUGUAAGUAGUUUACGUACAGUAAAAGUACUCAGCUUUCAUGAACUUUGGAUAGAAUGAGAAUUAACUGCAGGUGAAAAGAGGAUUGAUUCGGAGUGUGACAUCACAACCAGUGAUGGGGACAAACAGCCAGAGCACCACCGUCCCUGAAACUGAUGAAGACAUGUUAUUGGCUCCUGCCCCAUUAAGAGAUGACACUGCGGCGCCCAUCGGCUCUGUGAAAGGUUUAACAGAGAACUGGCAGAAGUGGUCCCAUGAGCACCAGGAGUACCAGAAGCACAACCCCUUCAGCAACAACACCAGGCCCACCAGUGUGGUUGUCCCUCAGAGGGGACAGGAUGACUAUGGGAGGCCUCUGCAGGGAUCCAUGACAGAGCAGAGAGGGAAGGAUGCUCAUACACACAUAGGCAGAGAAGUACAGGAGCUGUGUGAGGUGAUCAGGGACAUUGGAGAGCCGAUAAAUAAAGCUGACAGUGAUGGGUUGGUGAUUGCCGUUGAAUUUGGGAAGUUGUUUGAGCAUUAUGUUAGCAUCUCUAAUAAACUGGUGGGGAUUCUUCUGCGAGCAAGGAAGCAGAGGCUGGUGGACUUUGAGGGGGAAAUGCUGUGGCAGGGAAAGGAUGAUCAUGUAGUUAUAAUCCUACUUCAGUGACAAUAAGCUUGGAAAGCAGCUAAUGACUUGUUUCAAGUGACUUGCAACACAGAGCUACCUCAUGGAAGAAGACACCAGCAGGAUUGCACUUAUCAUAGCAUCUUUGAAUCAAAAAUACAUCUGUGAAAUGGGCUGAUCACAAUAAAUCAACAUGGGUGAGGAGAGGUGCUAAUGCACAGUUAUAAGAAAUUACAGAAGUAUUCAGUUGUUUAACAUCUAUUAAACUAAAGCAUAAAACAACUACAAAAGGACCUAAAAUCCUGUUAUAAGAGAGAAAUGGCCUAUGAAGUGUAUAUAUUUUAGGUUGAAUGGCCCAACCUUGUAUUAUGGGGGACUUGGCUGAUUACAAAAAAAAAAAUUUAACUUUUUGUGUAUUUAUGUCAUAUCGUGUCACCGCACACCCCACAUUUAAAAAACAGCAGUGAAAGCUUAUAGCUCAGGUCUUGGUUAAAACGAUCCUCUUUAUUUCAUUAACCAAGCUAGCUUUUCAUAUGGAGUCGAGCUGCGAAUUGUUAAUGACCCUGAAACAAAUCCAAAGAGAACAUGAGUCAGCCUGUGACAGACAAUAUGCUGCUAUAGGAUGAACUUGACCUAACUUGGCUAGAGUGCUUCGGAUCAUGUUUUUACUCCAAGUGUGCUUUGUUAUGUAGCCAACCUGAUUACAGUUUGACACUGUGGCACAAAAAAGUAAGAGAAACUGACAGUACUGGUUUGAUGAAGCCAAAACCACACACACUUUGCACUGAUCACCAAUCACUAUGCCAUAAUACCUGCUGCUAAUAAGUCAUUGCCUAUAUGUUUUAAAUUAUUAUGCAUGUAGUAGUAGAAGAUUUAUCAAUGUAAAGGUAUUUCUUAUUGUAUUUAAAUACAGACUGA